AGGGGAGAGCAGCACGGGGGCAAGGCUGGACAACCUGGAGCAGGUGUUGCAGCGCAUGCGAGAGGUGGCCGGGCGGCGCAGACGUGUGGAGCAGGAAUAUGCAGCGGCCGUCUACACCCUCCACGGCAAACAGCAGGAGGUCAGCGCCCUGCACCAGGCCCAGUUGGAGGUGAAGAGAGAGCAUGAGGGGACGGUGCAGCUGCUAGAGGCCCGCGUGCAUGAGCUGGAGCAUCAAUGCCGGGCACAGGGCGAGCAGUUCGCGCUCCUGUCGCGGGAGCUGCAGCGUGUCCGCGGGCGUGCCGCUGAGGCACCGCUGCUGAGCGCGUCCACGGGCGGGCAGAGCCUCGCUCCGCCCAGCAACGGACUGGACACAGUAAUCGGCAAGUGUGUCAGACGGCUCCCCAUGUCUGGCUUGGAGCCAGACCUGCACCCGCUCAAAGCCAGCGCCAAUCCGGCCAAUCCGGCCAAUCCAGAAGCAAGCGGAGACAACUGCCCCGGACACCAGCGGCUCCGUAAGCAGAUGGACGUUGACCCUGGCAGUGCCAACCCCAAGAUGAAGUAUACUGGCAGAGUGCGUCUCUGUGUUGCCCGCUACAGCUACAACCCGUACAAGGGGCCGAAUGAGCACCCGGAGGCGGAGCUGCCGCUGCGGGCCGGAAAAUACCUGUACGUGUAUGGAGAUAUGGAUGAGGACGGCUUCUACGAAGGGGAGUUGAUGGACGGUCGCCGGGGGCUGGUUCCCUCCAACUUCGUGGCGCUGCUGGUGGCCGGAGACCCGGCACUCGACCCGGAGCCGAUCAACGUGGAGCCGCUGCCGCCGCCACCGCCAGCCGGGGACGCGCCCCGGGAGCCCGUGUAUCCUGGCAGCGGGACGGUGCAGAGGGAGCCCGGGGCCCCGGUAUUUACGGGUGGAGGCGGGGGCCCCGGUAUUCACGGGUGGGGGCGGGGGCCCCGGUAUUUACGGGUGGGGGAGGAGGAGGGGCCCCGGUAUUUACGGGUGGGGGAGGGGCCCCGGUAUUUACGGUGGGGGAGGGGCCCCGGUAUUACGGGUGGGGGAGGGGGAGGGGCCCCGGUAUUUACGGGUGGGGGAGGGGCCCCGGUAUUUACGGGAGGGGGAGGGGCCCCGGUAUUUACGGGUGGAGGCGGGGCCCCGGUAUUUACGGGUGGGGGAGGGGCCCCGGUAUUUACGGGAGGGGGAGGGGCCCCGGUAUUUACGGGUGGAGGCGGGGCCCCGGUAUUUACGGGUGGAGGCGGGGCCCCGGUAUUUACGGGAGGGGGAGGGGCCCCGGUAUUUACGGGUGGAGGCGGGGCCCCGGUAUUUACGGGUGGAGGCGGGCUACUACAGCGCACCGUAGACGAGGUGGGCGAGGACGUGCUACCGUAUCCACGCCGGAUCAGCCUGAUCAAACAGCUCGGCCGCACGGCCAUCGUGGGCUGGGAGGCAGCGGCGGUGCCACCUGGUGGCGGGACGAUCCACACCUAUAACGUGCUGGUGGACGGGGAGGUGCGGGUGUCAGUGCCGGCGGCCGCUCGGCCCAAGGCGCUGCUGGAGAAGCUGAUGCUGGCGGAGCGCACGUACCGGGUGUCUGUGACGGCGCUGGGCGAGCGCGGAAUCUCUGACCCGUUACGCUGUUCGCUGCUGAUCGGGCGGGACGUGUGUCUGGCCCCCACCCACCUGGCACUGGACACCGUGUCCCACAGUUCAGCCACCGUCAGCUGGCGGCCCAGCGACACCAACUACCGACACGCCAUCAUCCUCAACGGACACGAGCUGGACGUGGUCGCGCCGGCUUGUUACCGCUAUCACUUCUACAACCUGGCGCCGGGACAGACGUGUCGUGUCCGAGUAGCUGCCCAUCCGCACCAGGUGCCCUGGCAACUGCCCCUCGAACAACGGCAGCUCAGGGAAGCCCUCAUCGACUUCUGCACCUUGCCCACUGGCCCACCAGCGCCCCCGCAGGAGGGGACGGUGCAGGUCGGUGUGGAUCCCGGGACGCUGCAGAUCAAGUGGAAGCCGCCGGUGCUCGGGCCGCUCGGCACGUCCAACGGAGCCCGAGUGACCGGCUACAGCGUGUGCGCCAAAGGGCAGAAGGUGGCGGAGGUCCAGGCGGCGACGGCAGAGAGCGUGACGGUCGACUUGGUUCGGAUCCAGAACCUGGAGCCGCGGGAGAUCAUCGUGCGCACGGUGUCGGUUCAGGGCGAGUCCGAGGAUUCUUGCGCCGCUGCCAUUCCCAUGGAGCUGCUAUCCCCACCGGCCCUGCCGCCCCGGGCCCCCACCAGGACCCGGCCACCCGACGCCAAGAAUCUGCCGCCGCUGCCGGCUCAACCCCGCCGCUCGCUGGAGCCCAUCGCGCCCGGUUACCGGACCGGUAACGGGAGGUCGCCGUCGCCACAGAGAAUCCUCCCGCAGCCGCAGGGCGCUCCGAUCUCCGACACCGUGGCCAAGGCCAUGGCCCGGGAAGCUGCGCAGCGAGUCAUCGACUCCAGCAAGCAGGCGGAGCGGAGAAGUGUAUUCUCCAAAAGGAGCAGCACUCUCCAGCAGGAGAACUCUGACGAGGAGGAUGGAGAGGGGGAGGGUUACGAUGCCCAGAACAAACGCCCAGGUGCGUCCGUCGACGACUUCCUGCGGCGCUCGGAGCUGGGCCGACAGCAGUUGGUUCACGGGGAGAGUUACCAGUCGGAGAGCAGCCGCGGGUCGGACCUGAGCGACAUCAUGGAGGAAGACGAGGAGGAACUUCACUCCGAGAUGUUGCUGGACGCGGGCGGCCGGCGGAGGCUCAGCGGGAACGCACACACCCGCGCCAAGAUGUUGGGCUACAGUUCGGGUUCAGGCCGCGGACCGGACAGGAUGGAGCACUCGGGCCGAAGGGCCUCCCACGGCGGCGGGGGGCAUCGGGCGAGGCCAAUGACAGUGCCGUCCAUCGAGAUCACAGUGGACAGUAACAGCGAGGGCGGCCGCUCACACUCGGAGAGUGAAGGCACCGGAUCACCGGGCAGGGACGACGCUUACUACCGGCACGUCACCGGGAGGAGGAAGUGGCCACAGCAACGCAGCGCGCCGCCCAACGGCCGAUACGAGCGCCCAGGCGUGAGGGAUCGGCGUGGACCGGACGUGUACGAGGACUGCGAUGCGGAGUCGGGCGCGGAUGAGUCGCCGGGACGCGUGUUCGUGGCGCUGUUUGACUACGACCCGCUGUCGAUGUCGCCCAAUCCUGACGCUGCCGUGGAGGAGCUGCCCUUCCAGGAGGGACAAAUCAUCCAGGUCCACGGCUGCAAGGACGCGGAUGGUUUCUAUCACGGAGAGAGUGCGGGCCGCGCCGGUCUCAUCCCCUGUAACAUGGUGUCGGAGAUCGAGGCGGGCGGAGACGAGUUGGAGCGGCUACUGGACGCCGGCUUCCUGCCGCUCAACACCCCCGUGCAGAGGAUCGCCAAAGCCGACAGUCCCGGCUCCAGUAACCGCAGGUCCCGAAAAUCCAAACGAGAGAGGAACCGACGCACAGGCCGCCCGCUGCCCAUGUUGUCACGGAGGAUGGUGGCUCUGUACGACUACGACCCGCGGGAGAGCUCCCCCAACGUGGACGUGGAGGCGGAGUUGACCUUCUGCGCUGGAGACAUCGUCAGCGUGUGGGGGGAACUGGACGAGGAUGGAUUCUAUUACGGGGAAAUGAAUGGCCACAGGGGCCUGGUCCCCUCCAACUUCCUGGAAGAAGUGCCUGACGAUGUAGAGGUCUACCUGUCCGACGCCCCGUCCAGGUUUAGCCCCGAGAUACUGGCACAGGGCAAAGGCCAGCGGGUCCCCGGCGAACACACGCAGAGGAGAGUUGCGACUCCAACUAUCCAACCCCAUCAUACUGGAUCUGCUGUCAUAGAUGGGCCAAACAGCCCAGUGUGGACCAGAGACAUGACUAUGGCUUCAAAAAAGAAAAAGGGACUAUUAUCAAAAGGCAAGAAACUGCUGAGGAAGCUUGGCGGAGUGAAGUGAUUCUUGUGUUCUGAAUUACCACGCACUUCCACACUCUGUGUAAUAUUCACCCUUUGACAGUUUUGCCUUAGAGAUGCACAGCAAUCCUUUCUUUCACACAUCACUCAGUGUUGGAGAAUGUACACCUUGUAUGUGGUAUUUGUGUUCAUCACAGCACUCUUCACCAAAAAGCCAUUAGUCGGAACCUGUGACGUCUUGUGUUUCCUCCCUAAGUCAGUGUCCAAUGUUGCCCGUCCCCCACAAAAUGACUGUGCCUGUUCAUUCCACAUCGUCUCAGUGACAUAAAGCGCUCAUCGACAGAGCAAAACCCCCCCUCCCCUUUGUUACAAUUCAUCCCACGCUAGCUUCACCAUGUGCAUGUUUUCCCAUCACAAACGUAUAUUUUAUAUCGGUUUUUAUGUCAGAAACUGGUUAAAAUUGGUAUAUGUUCUUGACAAGUAAUGGCAUGCAAACUGUGCAACAACAAAAAAAAGCAGGUGAACGACUCGUGCUAAAUAAAAUGUACCUUUACUGUGUCGAUGGAUGGCUCCGUGCAGGGGCUUGCACUCUGUACCUGUCCCUCCCCUGAUGGGUUGACUUAAGUGCAAAAAACACUCUUUUUGUGCUGGCUGGGCUGUGUGUUCAGAGACUGACAGCAGCGGUCUCUUACACACUACCAGCUGGAGGAAGAGUCCAACUCAACACCCAAAAACCCAUUUGGUGCAUAAUCUUACUUUAGUACAAUAGCAUUUAACCAAUGUUCCUCUUUUUGUACUUUGGAUCAUUUGUAAAUUAUUUUUACUGUUUCUAUACAUUAUUUACAGAUUGCCUUUUUUUUGUAAAAUGUCCUUCCAGUGAAAUGAGGCUCCAGAUUGUGAUAUCAAUCACUGUAAAGUAUUGUAAAUGACUGCUGUAUUCACGUGCGAUCCUUACUGAAGAGAAAUUGGCCUUUAAUAUAUUUGUGGUUACAGCUGUGGGUGUGUGCAUGUGUAAAUUCAUUCAUGUGUAUAAAGUUUUUAUAAAUAAAUGAUUUGAUCUUUUUUAGAAUA